AUGUUUUCUCCAUCCAGACCCGAGUGCUUCACCUGGCUUAGUCUACUGAUAACAGAAAGCAUCAUUAUAGUAACUUUCAAUGUCGUCACUAUAAUCAUUUUUACGAGAAACCGCAGUCUACGCACACGUGGUAUGUACUUGGUGAUAAACUUAGCCGUUGCAGAUGCAAUGUCGGGGGGAUUUUCUGAGUGCAUGCUUUUUGUCUACCUUGGAGGAUGGUGUGACUUCUGGAAGUACAACCUGACUGGGAACUGGAGAAAACUAUCAGUGGCUAUGGAACUGUUAUUUCCCGUUUCAUCCAUCGCAAGCAUAGUUGCGAUUUCUUUAAACCAGCUGCACGCCAUAUUUCGUCCGUUUCAACAUCGCGUGAUCAAGAAAUGGGUAUACGGUGUAGCAAUUGCGAUUGUGUGGAUUGCAGCGGCAUUGAUAUCGACAUUGCAACAUCUCAAAAUUAAUUAUCUGACCCUCUGGAUCUCUUUCACUUCCAUUUGCCUCUUCACUAUUUGUGUCUCUUACACUUUGACGGCUUUGAAAUUUGUUCGUGGAAGGAACAUUCAACACCAUGGUUCAUCUAUCAGGGAAAAAAAACUGACCGUGACGUUGUUUAUUGUGACACUGGUAUCUUUGCUGAUGUGGCUACCGUAUAUUACAUGCUCUUUUCUUUUGAUCACUUCUGCCAACUUUCGCUCCCUGCCUGAUCAAUUACUCUUUCAUCUUAAUUUUUCAUUAAUUGUACUGUACUACGCAAACUCUCUUGUAAAUCCCAUUUUGUACGCGAUUCGAAUGCCACAGUUCAAACGAGCAUUGAUUUCACUAUUGCGACGUCAGGGAAACCAAGUGGCUGUAGCAGUUCAGUCUGCCCGAGGGAAUAAGAUGACCUUCGCAAGGAGUCGCUCUCGACGAUCGCAGAAGUGCAAAGAAUCAAAAGUCACCGUUGGAAACCAAAUUACAGUUGUAACGUAAUUAAUGUAAUUGCUACCAAGAAACACCAAGCAUUGGCCUCCAUGCUUGGAAGUCGCGAGAAGGCACGCGUGAGCAGCACGCGAGGGGAGACACGGGAGCGAGGGGCGGGAAAAGAAUUCAAAGAGAGAUGCUAAUUAGGCCAUAGAAAGUGUCCGUAUUAACGGGGUGUCCGUAUAAAGCGGGUUGAAUUUAAAGAAAUGUGAGGGCUUUCUUUCCCCAGGGACAAAGCAAAAUGUCCGUGUUAAGGAGGUGUCCGUAAAGCGGAGUUUGACUAUAUCAAGCUCUCCUUAGAUGUUAGGGUAGAGGGGAUCUUGAGGUGGAAAUUGACGGCCUUUUUCUUUUGUGGUCAUUGUGGUCUUUCAAUCAUCACCAGUUUCGCUCUUUGAAAAACAAUACUUUUAGACGCCAGUAAAUAAACUCGCUUGCGUUUACCGGGAGAUACCACAAGAGCUUGGGAGUGUGUUAGCAAUAAAGCAACCCAUUUACGACUUACUCAGGCUAAAACCCUGGGUAAGUUGACAAAGUGUUCCCAAACACAGAGAGGAGGAAAAAAAUGUGUAACGAGUGUUCUUUUCUUGGACAGUUGAGUCCUGAAUGAACAGUAAUUAUUCAUUUCUUAUGUAGUACAUAUUUGACUCUUGACCAUUCUCAUAAAGUACAGAUUGAUUCUUAUGUAGUGCAUAAUUGAUUCUUAUGUAGUACAUAAUUGAUUCUCAUAUGUACAUAAUCAAGAGAGGAUGACAUAAUUGAUUAUUUAUUUUUUCAUUAUUGAUUGAUUAUUACAAUUAUUAAGUCAAUUUUCCCCUAUAUUGAGUCAAUGUUUGCCCACACUGACAUGCUGCCAAUGAAAAUUUCGAAUGUAAUCUUGUUUAAAUUUAUGUUUUUAGUUGUUAGUAGAUUCUCAAAGUUAAUAUGUGUCACCAAAACAAGUAGUAUAAUUGGAUGCUAAGAAAAACGUUGGUUUCCUUUUCCUCGAAAUACUUGUUUUCUGCAAAUUGGUUAUUGUUCGCUAUCAUUCCCUACCACGUAAAGGUAUGACAUUAUGAUGCGGUCAGGUAUUGCCCCCACAGAAUAAAAUAGCAUGGGAAUAGAAUGUUCACAUUUAAAAGAGCUGUGUCACGAAAUUCAGCCAAAUUAGGAAAUUACAAAAUGUCCGUUAAAUUAAGAGAAACAUAAAAAUAACCGCUUCAAACUUUAAAGGACGGUUAAAAUAACAUAACAAAACAUAACAAAAACAACAGAUGCCACGGAUGGGCAAAACUGAAGAAGAUUGAAACGGAUUGAAAUUAGGGUUUUUGAAAAGUGUUCAGCCUAACAGUUUUUCAAAGUUGAUCCCUGCUGCUUGCAACUUCAAAAAUAAUGCUCAGGAGGCAUAUAUUUGUUUGUCUUGGAGCUCUGAUUUUGUCAUUUACAUGUAAUUUCUUUGCUUACUUUAAGUUCCAUAGCGAUUGAGGGCGAGUAAUUGGCAAAUUAAACAUAAUGAACUGGACUGCCGUGACACAGCCCAUUUAAAAGAAUAGUCUUUACUAAUGAUAAGAAUUUUGUUCAAGCAGUACAGUAUAGAGGUGCAGAAGAGAAAAAAAAGAAAGAAGAAAAAAGUAACAAGAAAAAUAUACGCUCUUCGUAAUAUCUGUUCUCUGCAAAUUGGUUACUAUUCGCUAUCAUUCCCUCUGAGCACAUUAUGUGGUCUGCCCACGCCAAAGCAUACUUUAAGGGCAAUGAAAUCAAUCAAACGCUGGAUUAAACAGAAGACUUAAUUUUGAAUUGACAUGCUUGUCAAAUAUACCUUUGUUUUUGCCAUGGAAACAUCGCCUGUCGUUGACAAAGUUCUUCAACUGGGUUUCAAAAGCCAAACCUCUUCUAGCAGCUAGAGAUAUUCACAGUUUGGAAAUUUAACUCUACCAGCGAAACAGAUAACCCAGAUCGUCACUCUUGCUUCCUGUCCUAAAUUCAAUAAAAAAUAUCGCAUCCCAGAAGGUAAGUUUCCCCUUAGAUGCCAGCUUAAAAGAAUUAACUUGUUACCUUAAUGUUCAAGAGAAAGAAGAUUUUUCUUUGCUUCGCAGUGUUGACUGCGGGAAAGAAAGUAACAUGUAAUUCCCAUGCAACAUGGCUUAAAACUCAGAAGAGGUUAAGGUUACACAAGAAUUACACAUUCAAGAACCGCAUUUGCUGUCAUUGCUUAACUUCUACGUUGUUUUUUUUUUUAAUAACAAUAAAAUAAGACAGCAUUGCAAAAGGAAAAGACGUCGAAAUGACAAAAAGUUAAUAUUCGUGUCCAUAUUUUGAGCACCAAAUGGUGGCAUGGAGCAGAAACGUUUCAUAAUUUACUCUUCUUUCGCCCUAUAUGAUAAGAUGAUAAGGCUAUGAUCAGAUUUGGAGGACAUAAAAAACUAGAUUAUUCGCUCGGGAGUAGUUUUAAUUUCCUCACAGGAGCGACAUAGUAGUCUGCUGGCUAUUAGCUUCCGAGCCAGGUGUUUUUUUCCUGCAUAAAUAGUCUUAAGGACCUGUCUUAAUUCAAGGCGAAGCGGAACUCAAAAUUAACCUUUUAAGUUAUUAUACGCGUUCGUUAAAAAUCCUAGAAGUUGACCUUUAAAAAACUGGUGUCUAUUUACCGUGAAUUAUAUCACAAGUUGUGCUUUCUCAGCCCAGUAUAAGCAAGUAUAGAAAAUUAGGCUUUUAUGCCAUUCGAUUACUUGUAAAAAUAUUGCUUUGAAUUCCCCUCAGUCGACGACAGUUUGCUUUCACUUGGCAAAUAAGGGCGUAAAUUAUUAGCAUAAACUGAGCACCUUUAUUUUUCUGACCGUCAAUUGAACCAAAAUUAAAACAGUUUAUCUUUUGCAAAAUUCCACAUUCUACCUUACCUUUCGAAUUAUUCAAGUAAGUGACAUUUUUCUUUUAUAGUGCUUAUUUCUUUCUCAUGAACCGUCUUGACAAAUCUCAAAAAAACUUGUUCAGUUAUUGCUACAAUCACCUCCCGUGAAAGCAUUAUAACAGCAUAUGGCAUAGUUCCGGAACAAUCACGGCGCGAAAGUUGAUUAAAAAUUUGCAGCAGAAGAAUAUCAAAAGAUACAUAUUUCAGGGUUAAAACGACUUUUAUUCAGUCAAACAUUUCUAUCAUAUUUCAGAAUGUUUUCUCCAUCCAGACCCGAGUGCAUCGCCUGGCUUAGUCUACUGAUAACAGAAAGCAUCACUAUAGUAACUUUCAAUGUCGUCACUAUAAUCAUCUUUAGGAGAAACCGCAGUCUACGCACACGUGGUAUGUACUUGGUGAUAAACUUAGCCGUUGCAGAUGCAAUGUCGGGGGGAUUUUCUGAGUGUAUGCUUUUUGUCUACCUUGGAGGACGGUGUGACUUCUGGAAGUACAACCUGACUGGGAACUGGAGAAAACUAUCAGUGGCUAUGGAACUGUUAUUUCCCGUUUCUUCUGUCACAGCCAUAGUUGCGAUUUCUUUACAACAGCUGCACGCCAUAUUCCGUCCGUUUCAACAUCGCGUGAUCAAGAAAUGGGUAUACCGUGUAGCAAUUGCGAUUGUGUGGAUUGCAGCGGCACUGAUAUCGACAUUGCAACAUCUCAAAAUUAAUUAUCUGACCCUCUGGAUCUCUUUCACUUCCAUUUGCCUCUUCACUAUUUGCGUCUCUUACACUUUGACGGCUUUGAAAUUUGUUCGUGGAAGGAACAUUCAACACCAUGGUGCAUCUAUCAGGGAUAGAAAACUGACCGUGACAUUGGUCAUUGUGACACUGGUAUCUUUAUUGAUGUGGCUACCGUAUAUUAUAUGCUCUUUUCUUUUGAUCACUUCUGACAACUUUCGCUCCCUGCCUGAUCAAUUACUCUUUCGUCUUAAUUUUUCAUUAAUGGUACUGUACCACGCAAACUCUCUUGUAAGUCCCAUUUUGUACGCGAUUCGAAUGCCAGAGUUCAAACGAGCAUUGAUUUCACUAUUGCGA